AGGAGGAAAUUCCAGAAACUUCAGAGGAGGACAUUCCAGAACCUUCAGAGGAGGAAACUCUAGAGGCUUCAGAAGAGGUCCCAUCUGAGGCAGUAGACAAGAUCAUUCCAAAAGAUACAGAAGAGGCUUCCAAAAAGAUAAUUACAGAAACUACAGAAGAGGCUUCCGAAGAGAUCAUUCUAGAGCCUUCAGAAGCUGCAGCGGAGAUAACCACAGAGGCUGCAGGUGAGUCCAUUCCAGAGGCGACACAGGAGGCUGCUGUGGAGAUUACUCAUGAGGUCACCACUGAAACUGGAAUUUUGACGGACACAGAGGAGAACAAUAAUGGCGAUCGUUAUAGGGAUGCAGAGGAGAACAAUAACGGUGAUCGUUAUAGGGUCACAGGAGAACCAGAAGAAACAAAUGAUGACUUCCUAGGGAUUCAAGAUAUCAUAACAGAGGUGGAAAAUGCGCUGGGCAAUGAGAUCGAGGACAUCAUGACGAGGCCUUUCACACCCAUGAAGGAGCAGGUGGUGGAACUCAGCAUCCAGCUGAAGGGAGAGAACUACAACGACGGCCUGAGAGACCCCUCUAGCUUCUACUACCAACGCGUGGUCAAACAUUUCACCCAUAAGAUUGAAGAUGCAUUUGAAAGGUUACCAGGAUUCAAGAAGGUCUUUGUAGUUGAAUUCAGGCCUCAGAAGGACCUCCAAAGGGGUAUGUUGUCUGUGGUAGUCCACUACGCAGUGACUCUGGAGGUGGACGGGGCAGGCAUCAGUAACGAGACCAUGGACUACAUCAACCUCCAGUCCAACGUGGUGGAGAAGUCUUACCGUGAUGCUGUUGAACGCCCCACCGUGGUCUACACCAUAACAGACUUCCGAAACUACAUCACUGAAGCCCUGCACAAGGAGAACUUCAUGAGCAACACCACUCUGGAUGCAGACACUGACUCACUGCACCUAGAGCGAGUUGAUAACUUGUUUCUGGGAGGGAGACCCACCACCAAACCAGAAGAGUCCAAUGACAUGAUGGACAAUGUUCUGGCUGCUGAGAAACCACCAGAUGCUCCUGGCCAAGACUUGGAUGUCAGCAACAUCUUCCUGAAGAAGGAUGAUUUCCUGUUUCCUAUGGACCCUUUGAAAGGCUCCGGGAGCGUUGUGGCCAGUGAAAAUGAUGUGUUCGUUCUGGAUGAAACCACCUUGCUACCCAGCACCACUGCUGUCCCUGCAGAGAAUAAUGGAAAUAUUGAAGAAGAGGGAUUUCUUCUCAGCAACACUCAGCAAGACUCUCAUACUCCCGAUGGGGAUGGUGUGGUUGGUGCUGGAGGCUCCUCUACCUCCUCCCCUUCACAACCACAGACCACAGAGGCCCCGGUCCCGGCACCUCCCAGAGUAGACACAGAUUUGGAUGCUGGUUCUGGCUCCGGCUUCUCUGGGGAUGACCAAGGGGCUGACGUCUUGCCAUGGUUUCCCGUGACAACUGAGGAGACGGACUACAUAGAGGAGGAGGAGGAUUCUGUGGUGGGGGAGGUGCAUUUACCAGAUCCAGAAGUGGAACCGAAGGAGGAAGAGAAGAAGGAGGAGGAGAAGGUGGAAGAGAUCACCGAAUCUGUCCUGGCUGAAUCUCCAGAGGAUAUGGGUCCUUUUGAGUCCCAUCCAGAAUCUGUCCUGACUGAAUCUCCAGAGGAUAUGGGUCCUUUUGAGUCCCAUCCAGAAUCUGUCCUGACUGAAUCUCCAGAGGAUAUGGGUCCUUUUGAGUCCCAUCCAGAAUCUGCCCCAGUUGAGGAAGAGCCACAACGGCCUUUCUUGGACAGACUGCCUGUGACCCAAGACAUUAAUACCCGACCUGACUACACGACCACCGCUGAAGCCCCUGUGUUCUGGACCGCAGAGACCCUGACCGUGGAGCUCUCCAUACAGACGCUGGAGGCCUCUGGGAUGUAUGACGAUUAUUACCCAAGCGAACCAUUCACCAUCAUAGCACCAGUCACUGAUUAUCCCUAUCCUCAGUUUUACACCACUGAGGCCCUCGUGUUGGAAGGGCCAGCAGCUGAGACCCAUGGUUCUGUUGAGGAGCUGUCGGAGCCAACCAGUCCAAUAGAGCUUGAACUCCCCACAGUCACAGAGUCACCUACCUUCAUAGACAUGGAGCUGUUCACAGUCAAGGAGUCCAUCUUCGAUAUGAUCACCGCCGAACCACCAGAGAUCGAAGCAUUCACCGACAGACCUUUACUCUUGGUGCCCGAUCCUGAGGAUGAAGACGGAGAGGUGGAGAUCUUGGAGGAACAGGGGGCGGAGGUCGCAGAGCCCUUGGCCACACUACUCCCAUCCCUUGACAUCUCAGAGGAGGACCUAGCUGAAGAUGAAAUAUUUGUUGUGGCUGCAGGUACAGCAGCCCCGGAAGUCAUAGAGUCUCAUAGCAUCUUAUCCCCCGAGAAGGAAUCUCCCUUCACUCGUAUAUCUGACUCUGUACCGGAAGAGGAGGAAGCCACACACCAUCCAGCCACCACCGAAAUAGCACCACAUGGUGACAUUGAAAUCUCUGAGACUCCUGAAAUUGCCCCAACAAUCCUACCUCCAUUCUUCCAGCCAACAGUCAGACCCACAGAAAACCUGCUUCAGGCAACAGAAGAGUCAGAUGUUAGCAUUGAAGAAGGAAAUGUUAGUAUGGCGCCAGCACCCCCUUCCCCAGCUCACGACACAUAUGAACUAGAAGUCGGCACUUCAAUCCAAGCGGUUGGAGACUACGCACCAGACUCCCCCAUACCGGAAAUUGACCUCACCUUCGACGUGUAUGACGGAAUGAGUCACAUGGACGGGGACAGCAGUGGGUACUCCAGCAUCGCCCACGGAUCAGACGUGGGCAGCAUCGCCAUGGCAAAGAGCCCUGGCAAGGAUCUGAUGGUGUUCUUCAGCCUGAGGGUGACCAACAUGAUGUUCUCUGAGGACCUCUUCAACAAGAGUUCCACAGAGUACAAAGCCCUGGAGCAGAGGUUCCUCGAACUGCUCGUCCCUUACCUGCAGUCCAACCUCAGCAACUUCCAGAACCUGGAGAUCCUGAAUUUCCGUAACGGCAGCAUCGUGGUGAACAGCAGGAUGAAGUUCGGGAAGCCCGUCUCUCGGGGGGUCACCAACACUGUCUACCUUAUCCUAGAGGACUUCGCUAACUCAGCCUUCCAAACCAUGAACCUGGCCAUAGACAAAUACUCACUGGAUGUGGAAUCAGGCAACCAGGCAAACCCCUGCAAGUUCCAAGCGUGUAAUGAGUAUUCGAUGUGCACGGUGAACCGCUGGUCCGGGGAGGCGGAGUGUGUGUGUGACGCGGGUUACUUCAGCGUGGACGGACUGCCGUGCCAGAGUAUCUGUGACCUGCAGGAGGACUUCUGUCUCAACGAUGGGAAGUGUGAUGUCAUCCCUGGCAAGGGAGCCAUCUGCAGAUGUCGUGUAGGAGAGAAUUGGUGGUACCGCGGGGAACACUGUGAGGAGUAUGUGUCAGAACCUCUGGUGGUGGGCAUCGCUAUAGCGUCGGUGGCUGGCUUCCUAUUGGUGGCCUCUGGGGCAAUCUUCUUCCUGGCCAGGACUCUGAGGGACGGUUAUGACAAGGAGGAUUCAGAGGAUCCUCUACGAGAUCGGGACAGUGUGCCAUCCUUAGAGAGAGCCACCAAGUUCAACCCCAUGUAUGAGAGUGAUGUGGCCACGGCAGAGUACUACAGACGGUACGAAGAUGACGUGCCGCACCACAGUACGGGCAGCGCAGACACCUCUGUGGACUUCUGCAGUGACGAGAUACUCCAAAUCUACGACAACUCCGAGCUCACCAGAGAGCAAAUUCAGGACCGCCUAAGGAUAAUUGAGCUGUGUGCCAAAGACCGUCAGUUUGCAGACUUUGUACGGCAGCAUCAAGUAGCGCUGGACAGAAGAGCGAGCUCUGAAGCAUAGGAAUGCUGGAGAGCCAGCUGAUCACUGUGAAC